ACGAGAUGACUCAGCCGCGGCGGCGGCGAAGCAGAGUAGGACGAAGAGGAAGAGGAGGAGCGCCAUGCCUGGGGCGUUGUGGCGCGAACCGGUUGGUGGCGUUCGCGGCGGGGUUGAAACCGUGCUGCCAACUGACAGAGCCGUGCCGUGCAGGUGGGGAUCUCUGAAUCUCUGACACCGACGCUCCUCUCCUCUGACCUCGCGGAGGAAAGGGGGAGGAAGACAAAGCACGGGGACUGAGGAAUCGGGUUUCAGUUGGGCGGCGAACACUGGCGAUUAGCAAGGCAUGCUUCAUACAGCCAGCUAGUAUGGCCUCAAAAGCUAUAAAACGAAGGCCUUGCAGUUCUGAAUCUGAUAAAACAAGUGAAAAACGAAUGGAGACAACAGUAUCAGAUCCUGUAACAGAACCUCUUCUAGGAAAUGGUCCUCAUGAAGAAAAAAACAAGAGAUAUGAGCCUGCUACACGGUCAGAUUUCUGGGAUGGGACAAGAGAGGAGUGCCUUCGUUGGGCGCAUCUUCUGUCAAUUUUUAUUGCUCAAUCUGCAAGAAAGAUAGUAAAUGCUCUUUCUGAAUUUGGAUCUUUGAUUGCAAGGCUUUUUGGUUGCUCUUCUGCUCCCCAAAGUUCACAAAAUGGACAAACAGUUCCACUUAAUCUCAGUCCAUUACAGGUAGAAAGAUUGAAAUUGUUGAGACAAAGGUUAGAUGUGCCAUAUGACUGCUCCUCUGUCAAGCACCAGGAUGCUCUGAAAGAACUUUGGAGGUUAGCUUAUCCUAACCGACAACUUCCUCCUCUAAAAUCAGAUCUGUGGAAGGACAUGGGCUGGCAAAACUCUGACCCAUCAACAGAUUUUAGGGCAGGUGGGUUCCUGUCCUUGGAGAACCUAAUAUACUUUGCCAGAAAUUAUCCAGAUUCCUUUCAUAGGUUACUGCACAAGGCCGAGGGUAAGAGAGCUGAGUGGGAGUAUCCUUUCGCAGCAGGUGGUGUAAACAUAUCUUAUAUGUUAGUUCAAAUGCUGGAUUUACAAUCAGGAAAAAUUAGUACAAAAGCUGGUGUCCACUUCGUUCAACUACUUGAAGAUGACGAGGCAGCCUUCGAUAACCUUUUUUGUGUAGCAUUUCAGGUGCUUGAUGCUCAAUGGCUUGCAAGGCGAGCUAGUUAUAUGGAAUUCAAUGAGGUUCUGAAGUCUACACGAGUUCAAUUAGAGAAAGAGCUUACUAUGGGGUGCAUUUCUAGCGUUCAAGACUUGCCAUCAUUCAGAAUGCUAAAAAGGUAGUCCUGUUUGUACUUAGCAGGAAAAGAGAUACUUUUACGCCGUGAAUAGGUUGUUUAAAUUUGCUUUCCAUUCUUUUACUGGACGUUGAAGAUGUAUACUCUGUGUAUUCAUGUAUGACGCCUCGAAAAGAAUUUACUUAUCAACAAGUUUUGACAUCGAUA